UUCACUCCGGAUGUUGACGUGUUCGACACCGCAGAAUCAUUUGUGGUGGACGUAUCGCUCCCAGGAGCGAAGAAAGAGGAUAUCGGCGUGAGCUGGAACCCGGAGAAGUCUGAGCUCAGCAUCGCUGGUGUCCUUCAUAGGCAUGGUGACGAGGAGUUCUUGCUGGCACUUUCCAUGAGUGAACGCAAAGUGGGAGCGUUUGAACGCACCGUGCGACUUGGAAGCAGGGCCAACCCAGCCAGCAUCGAUUCGGAUGCCAUAACUGCAAGGAUGGAGGACGGCGUCCUGAGGAUUGAUGUACCCAAGUUGGAUUCGGGCUACGUUGAAAUCAAGAAGGUUGAUGUCGCAUGA